UCCAGCUCGGCCCGACCGCUCGGCAGCUCUCCCGGCCCCGGCCCCGGCCCCGGCCCCGACCCCGACCCCGACCCCGACCCCGACCCCGACCCCGACCCCGCACUCUCCGCACCACGAUGCCCAACUUCGCCGGCACCUGGAAGAUGCGCAGCAGCGAGAACUUCGACGAGCUCCUCAAAGCGCUGGGGGUCAACGCCAUGCUGAGGAAGGUGGCCGUGGCGGCGGCCUCCAAGCCGCACGUGGAGAUCCGCCAGGACGGGGACCGGUUCUACAUCAAGACCUCCACCACCGUGCGGACCACCGAGAUUAACUUCAAAGUCGGGGAGGGCUUCGAGGAGGAGACCGUGGACGGGCGAAAAUGCCGGAGUUUAGCCACUUGGGAGAAUGAAAACAAGAUCUACUGCACACAAACUCUUAUCGAGGGAGUGGGUCCUAAGACAUAUUGGACUCGAGAACUGGCUAACGAUGAGCUGAUUUUGACUUUUGGUGCCGAUGACGUUGUGUGCACAAGAAUCUAUGUACGGGAGUGAAACAAACUUGUUGGUCUUUAAGGGUGAAAUGAAGGAUUGGGGGAAAACUCU